CUCCCCGUUAAAACGUUACCCGGUUGUGUGUGAAACGAUUUUUAGGUUAUCUUCAGUUUAUAAAUAAAUCUUACGCCGUUACAAUCGAUCUCGAUCGCAUCAGCAGAGUCCCUUUUUCAGCUGUUAGUUCUGAUUCAUAAUUAUGCUAUAAAGUAAACAUGAACUAUUUAAUAUUCCUGGUUUCUUCAGUCUAUUUAUUUGGCUGUGCCUUUACCGCACUUCCUCCUGUUCAAUAUCUGGAAGCGGAAAGAGCCAUCAGCUUCAGUCCGGAUCGGUCAAGAAUUUACAGGCCGGAGCUGCGCAUCUACUGCCAUCGAGGGAAAGAAAAAAAUCUCGGGCAAGUUUUUCAAACAAUCGUUCUGAACUUUGACUGCGAUCACGAAGAUUUUACUCAGUACGAGGGCGGAACUCCGGAAGAGGUGCGCUCCCACCAUGAAACCGAAAACACCAUAUUCUCCUUCAACCUGCUUUCGAACAGCCGUAAGCGGGUCAUCAAACUGGAUCCGUUCAAUCAGACCUGCAUCGGUGUCGUUUCCGGUGAGUCCUACAGCGUUCGGUUGAGCUUAAUUCGAAUUGACUUCUGGCGGGUGCUCCAGCUGGCCGUCGGCAUCGUGGUUUUCCUGGCAUCGGCCAAGUUAAGCAACAAUGCCAUUUUUUACUAUAUCUGUGGAAUGUUCCUGGGAGUGUUUGCUAGCUUCCUGGUGAUGGUCUACUUGGCCAGCAAACUGUUCCCUCGAAAACCGAUGAUGUAUGGAGUCAUGUUGGGCGGCUGGACAUUGGGAAUAUAUUUUGCCCAGAUAUUGUUCGACAAUUUGAGGCUGAUAUUUAUGACUUAUCAGAAAUACGUAUUUUGGUACAUUUUGGUGACUGGCUUUAUAAGUUUCGUUAUUUGCUAUCGAAUGGGUCCACCGAAGAAUCAACGUAGCAAAAACCUCAUAAAAUGGAGUCUGCAGCUGGCUGCGUUGGUGGCAAUUUUUUUCUCAUCUGCCUUCCGAGAGGCAAGCACAGGAGUCUGCAUAGCGAUAGCAUUGUUUUACUACUUUCCCCGGAGUUUGCUGUAUCGUCUAAGAGCCUUCUACAGGCGUCGUUUUCCCCCGGAGCGACGAUUUCUCACCAACGAAGAAUAUUACGAGCAAGGUGUCCGGGAGACAACAAAAGCCCUGGAUGAGCUGAGGGCCUACUGCAGCAGUCCAGAGUGCAAGCAAUGGAGCACGGUACUGAAACUAAAGGAUCCAGCUCGAUUUGCUUCAUUCAUGGAAGGAGAUUCCCACUUGAUGGACAGUGAAAUUCUAGAGUAUGAAACGUCCAAUAUUGCUGCGGAUAUCAGUGACGAUGACGAGGACCAGCUGGACGGAAACGAUGAACGCGAGAACGCACCCCGUCUAGAGGACGAUUCAGAAGACGAAGAUGUUCAGCGCUAUCGGGGGCUGCAGAACGGAAAGUCGUACCCAUCGACCAGUACGCCCACCACAAGUUCGGUAAUCCGGAGAUCGCUGCGUCCAAGCAGCCGCAGUCGUAGCAGGCAACCUCCGCCAAAACCCUCGGCACCACCGCAGGUUGAGUUCAGUGAAGAUGAAGACUAAUUGGAAGCGUGAUAUUUCACAAGAAAUUGUAAAUUUCAUUACAUAAAAUAACUACCUUCAUCCGAGAAUUUCAGAGCAUUCAUGAUAAAAGAAGGAAAUAUUUAAACAAAAAAAAUGUACCAUAGGUCUCAAAUUUUCUUCUGAGCUUCGAUAUCGAAGAACGGACCUAUUCACAAGACUAUCUACAAUUGCUCAUGUGGACAGAUUAACAAGGGCUUUUAAAACUGUUAGUACGUAUCAAUAUGGUAAAGCAGAAAAAACAAACUAAGUAGGAUUUUUGCCAAAAAAGGAGCAACGAUAGACGUGUGGUAAGCAUAACAUUAAUUCAAUACUACCCAAAACCGUUAGUUAAGCAACUGUCCCGAUCCUAAUUUAUUGAAAUUAUUUUGACUUCGUUUUUUUUUUAAUCUUAAGUAGGUAGGUACGUACAAUUUUAAUGCAUCAUGUCGCUUGGCCCCUCGAUACUUAAACACAAUCCUCAUUUCAAAUCUGAACUAUUUUUAGAAAUGUGUAGAAAAUUUAAUUUUAAUUUAACGGAAACCGAAUAAUUUUUCUAGCUGUUAAAAAUGCAUUCAAAACAAAUUUGAUUAAAUUAGUUUAGGAUAAAGGAAAAAUAAAA